AUGCGCCUUCACCUCACUUUGGCGGCUUGGUUUGUCGCCUUCGCCGCCGCCGCCGCCGAGUCAAGUCGUUCCUACGUCCAGUCGACCGACACCCUGUUAAGCGCUCGCGAUGCUCUCAUGCUCCCAUACGUCUCGCUGGAAGAGCACUCCAACGAGCUGCUCCGGCGGCAGGGCACCCCACAGGCUAACGGCACCGGUUCCUCGUCGCUCACGCUCACCCCCGGUGACGGCACCAACUCGACCGACUGGGACAAGGACACAAACGCGGCCUGCAUCAAGUCCCUCAGCUCGCUCCAGCGCAGCACCAACCCCUCGGGCAACUGCCUCUGCUACAACCUGCCCUCGCUCGACACCAACUCGGGCGUCUUCCGCUGCGAGAUCCGCGUCUACGUCAUAUCGCCGCCCCGCGAGGGCUUCGUCAACGUCUCGCGCUCAAACAUCAAAGUCAGCCUCCAGUACAACGGCGCCAGCGUCAGCCCUGUCUCGGCCGAUGAGUUCAACUCGAUGGGACCGGGCACCAACCAAAUGGUGGCUACAUCAAAGCUCUCUCAGCGUGCUGAGACGAGAGUGCCGCAGCUGCUGCAGACGUACAUGUUCGUGGGCCAGAUUGACAAAGCUCGAAUGACGGAAAAACCGUCCAUGGCCCAACUGGAGGCUUUGAUCAUGCCAACAUUCACCCUGACGGCCCAAAACACAACUGGCGGCGCCGUCAGCACCAACCUCUCCCUCAACGAGGCCUCGUUUGUCAACGGCGUCUUCUCCAACCAAAUCGUCAGGUCCGACUUUGCCUCGGCCCAGGCCGCCGUCGACGCCAAGGUGGCCGCCGUGCGCAACGGCACCGUGGCCUUUGUCCUCCCGGGCAUCCAGAUCAUGGUCUUUCCCGUCGGCGCCAUCAUCACGGGCAUCUGGCUGCUCCUCGGCCUCAUGGCCUACGGCUUCGGCACCUACGAGCGCAGCGUCUACGCCGACGCCUACAAGCGGCGGCAGUCGGCGUCCACGGGAUCUCUGGGGAAGACGUUUUAG